AUGCAUCGAGACGAGCAGAUGCGACGCAUUCCGGCAGGAGGGAAUGAACUCAUCAGCGGAUCUGCCAACGUUGGAUGGCGCGACCGUGACUCGGACUUUGGUGUCCCUCCUCUUCAGCUGUCCGCCAUAAUGAAAACGAACCGUGUAACGAAUUCGAACUCUGAAAGCGGCAUCACUAAAUGCUUCAGAAACACUGUUCACAAACCGACCUUGUUGAGUGAGGUCAGAAGGAAGCUGAAGGGUGCGAUCCUCGUUUUCCGUGGUGACAUUCUUGCGCGCACAGUCGGAGCGUUAGCGCCCGUUGUUGGCGGCACGUCGACCAUCGCACAACGUUCAUCACACGACAACGCCACCCUCGAUGGCCCGUUCAGAUGCGUGGCACGCCUUAGUAAGAUGAAACAGACCGGCCCGACCACAACUACCUCCUCUGGAAGUCCGGACAAAGAUGUCGAAAGUUCUAUACCACGGCUUCCAGUGGAGGCCUGGGAACGGAUCGUCGACCACGUAGCGAUGCCGGGGGACUGGUACUACUCGACGUGGUACUAUCUACGCCAGCACAUUCAUUUACAACACCGGAAGGACGUCGUAUCACUCUCCAGGACUCUCCUUGAAAGGCCACGCCUCCGUGAGGCCAUCCGACGGGUCACUGUCUCGGGGUCCUCGCCCUGGGAACGUUCGACAAUUGGGCACCUAGGGACAUUUGCAGUCAUGCUCGCAGGGAAGCUCCCCAAUAUGUUCCUGAUCGCCAUCAAAAGCGCUGAAUGGACUAGUGGCUCGGUUCAACCAAAGAGCAUCAGCUACUUGACCGCCUUUCGCUCCGUUCGUCAACUAUCCAUCAGUUCCACUACUUUGUCGAGCGUCUCCCAGCUUACCAGCCUCAUUUCCGCACUCCAAGGACUACGAAGUCUAUGGUGCACGAAUGUCAAUGCGUGCAGACACAGCUGGUCUCUCCGGCCACCCUCCCACUACGCUGUUCAAAUCUGGAUGACCUCGAGAUCAGUCGUGCUUCUCGAGUUCGCUUCCUCAGUCUCGGAGUGGACGUCGAGCCACAUCAGUCUUCGACAAUUUGAUGGAUGCCAGACUUUGCUGGAUGCGAGUGCAGCGUCACUAGAAGUGAUUCGGCUCCAUAUCGACGCUCCGUCGUCCGCAAAGGACGGUGUUGUUGAUGUUACAUUACCCGUACCAGGCAAGUUUUCGCGAUGGCAUCGAGAGCCGCCAGACUAA